UCCCUUUUUUGGUCCUUAACCUUCCUUAAGCGGAAUAUGAACAAAAACAUCAACAUCAUCACCGCACCAUUUCUUUGUUUAUUCUUUUUUCGCAUAAACAAAUACAUUAAGAUUCGGACACACACACAGACAGAGAUUGCGUUAGAGAGAGAAACCUCGGAUCCAAAAUGUUCUUCAUUCUUAUUCUAAUCUAACCACAACGACACAGCUACCAUAUCUGUUCUUAUUCCAACUCUUUUCUUCAUACCCCAUGAAUAAGAUUCAACUUUGCAUUAAGAUUGCCCCAUACCCACUUUCUCUUUCUUGAUUGAAAGCUAAGUUUUCUCUCUUUCUCUUUCCAUCAGAUAAGAGAUAAAGUUGCAUGUGAGAGGACAAGGACAAUACCCUGAUGAAAGUGUUCCUUCAAGACCCAGCAAAAUCCAUGCCCUAUUGUUUGUUCCUGAAUGCACACAACAUACUUGUUACAAUGCCAAUACCAAUACGAUAAUGAUUGCUAUUGAUUUUAUUUGGUGGGGUGUGUGUGAUGCAAUGUGGUUUGAUAUGUGGCACUUAUAGGGGUGGUCCUACAAGUUAGGGGUGAGAAGAUACCCUUUUGGAUCUUGUAGGCAACAAUGGCAAUGUUCCGCAAGUUCUUCUAUAAGAAGCCCCCAGAUGGGCUUCUAGAAAUCAGUGAGAGGGUUUAUGUCUUUGAUUAUUGCUUUACGACUGAUCUUAUGGAUGAAGAUGAACAUAAAAUGCAUAUAAGGGGGACAAUUGAGCAACUUUGUGAUCACUUCCCUGAAGCUUCAUAUAUGGUGUUCAACAUGCGGGAGGGAGAAAAUCAAAGCCAGAUUUCUUACAUUUUGAACGAUUAUGAUAUGACUGUGAUGGACUAUCCUCGACAGUAUGAAGGUUGCCCAAUACUCACCAUGGAGAUGAUCCACCAUUUCCUGAGAUCAUGUGAAAACUGGCUUCAGCUUGGGCUACAAAAUAUUGUCUUAAUGCAUUGUGAACGAGGUGGAUGGCCCGUUUUAGCAUUUAUGCUAGCCGCUUUCUUGAUUUAUAGAAAGCAAUUUACAGGAGAGCUGAAAACAUUAGAAAUGAUAUACAAGCAAGCUCCGAGGGAACUUUUGCAAUUGAUGUCACCAUUGAAUCCAUUGCCUUCACAACUGAGGUAUCUUCAAUAUAUAUCAAGAAGAAAUGUUGGUUCAGAAUGGCCUCCUCUAGAUAGAGCAGUUACAUUGGACUGUGUAAUUAUAAGAAUCAUUCCUAAUAUGGAUGGAGAGGGUGGUUGCCGUCCUAUAUUUCGGAUAUAUGGACAGGACCCUUUUAUGGCAGCUGAUCGGACUCCCAAAGUUCUUUUUUCGACUCCAAAAAGGAGCAAAUUUGUUCGGCAUUACAAGCAGGCUGAUACAGAACUGGUUAAGAUUGACAUACAUUGUCAUGUUCAAGGGGAUGUCGUUCUUGAGUGUAUUACUCUAGAAAAUGAUUUGGAUCGUGAAAAAAUGAUGUUUCGUGUGAUGUUUAAUACAGGAUUCAUAAGGUCAAAUAUUUUGAUGCUUAACCGUGAUGACCUUGACAUAUUAUGGGAUACUAAAGAUGACUUCCCAAAAGAUUUUAGAGUAGAGAUUCUUUUCUCGGAUAUGGAAACAAAAUCUUCUGUUAUUUCAAUUGAUCUGCCUUAUCUUGAGGAGAAGGAUGGCCUACCGAUUGAAGCAUUUGCUAAGGCUAAAAAAAUUUUCAGCCAUGUUGACUGGCUCGACACAAAUAUUGAGGUAGCAGCUGUGCUACAACAAAUCACAGGAUCAAAUAUCUUUUUGGAAAAAUUGGAUGGUGCAGCUUCUCCCAAAAUGAGCCAUUUGCGAAAGGAUUCAUCGCCUAGAGGAUUUAAAUUUGAUUCUAAGAUACAAGUCGAUGUGAAGAGUCCUGACUCCACAUUUGAGGGGAAACUUGCUAUGUCCUCACUCAAAUCUGGAGAUGCUUCUGUAGAAAAGAAGGUAGAAGCAUUUGAAUCAAUGGCGUCGCAAGAACAUAACAUCAAGACUCCUACUCAUAUGGGUCAGGGGUACCAACCUGUUCCCACAAUUGGAGUCUCAGCACAUUCAGAUUCUACUUGGAAGGAAAUGAAGUCAGUAAAAUCAAAGGAAUCAAUGGAAAAUAACGCCGAGUUUCCUACAUCUAUGAUUCAAGGGAAACAAUCAACUCCCUUAACCGGACCAUCUACGGUUGCAAAAUCCAAUGCAAAGUUGGAAAAUGACACCAUGCAUCCUAUAUCUUUGGCUCAAAGCAUACAAUCUAUUCCCACGCCAACUGAUGCAAAUUCAGCACUGUUGGAAUCAAGCAAAAAGGAUACUGAAUCAUUAAAGUCACCGGCAUUGUUGGAAAAUGAUAGAAGAUCUAAACUUGAACCACAGAAGAUGCCAGAAAGUGAUUUGAAGAGACCCACUUCGGCAGUUCAGGGGACAAUUCCUACUUCAUCAAUUGAAUCAUCCAUCAAUGCUCCUAUGCAAAAGAAGAUAGAUUCACUGGCAGAACCACACACUGUUCUGGCAAGUGACAUUAAGACUCACACUUCAGUGGGUCCGAGGACACAUCUCACUCCCUCAAGAGAUUCCAGUUCUGCUAUUGCACAGGUUGAAUCAUUAGAAACAAACGCAUUAUCGGAAAACGAUACCAAGGAUCCUCUAUGUAUAGCUCAGGAGAAACAGUCUACUCAUGUAACCAAAUCCGUGGUUGCAAACUCAAACAAGGAGGAGGUUAGGGAAUUGGAAGCAAAGGUGUUGUCAGAUAUUGAUUCCAAGAGUCUCACAUCCAUAGUUCAGAGGAAACAAGAUAGUCCUUUACCUGAACCACGCAUUGGCAGUAAGUUUUCUGCUUCAAUUGCUCAGGGGAAACAGUCUAUUCCCUCAAUUGAACCGUGUAUGGAUGCUAAUUCAAUGGAAAAGAAGAUUGAACCACUAGAGUCAAUGAUGAAGAAUACUGAAUCAUUAGAAUCGAAGGCAUUGCUUAAAAAUGAGGCCAAGAUAUUGACAUCGGCUCAGGAGAAACAGUCUAUUCCAUUGAUUGAACCAUCUAUCAAUGCUAAUUCUAUGGAAAAGAUUAAACCAUUAGAGUCCAUGGUAAAGGAUACGGAAUCAUCAGUGUCGACGGCGUCACUCAAAAGUGAGACCAAGAGCUCGACAUCUAUGGCUCAGGAGAAACAAUCUAUUCCGUUGAUUGAACCAUCUACUGAUGCUAAGUCAAUGGAAAAGAAGAAGGAUACUAAAUCAUUAGAAUCAAAGUCAUCAAUUAAAAGUGAUGUAAAGAGUUCGACAUCUAUGGCUCAGGAGGAACAGUCUAUUCCCUUGAUUGAACCAUCCCAGGAUGUAAAUUCAAUCAAGGCCCAAGAGUCAAUGACGUUAUCAGAAACCGUUACUAAGAGUCUCCCAUUUACAGAUCAGAGGAAACAACAUAGUCCCUCACUUGAGCCACCUGUCGAUGCAACCUCAAGUAAAAAAAUGACUGAAUCUAAUGAAUUGCAGGUUCCUUUACAGUUUCCUAAAAUCAUAUCUCCACAGGUGCAUCAAGCAAUUCGACCAGCUCCAGCACCAGGUUCACCUUCAGCUAUCACAAGAUUUCCGAGUUCAUCAUCAGCUCUUGGAAUAAUGUCUGUGUUGCAGGAUGAUGCACCAAAGGAUAUGAAAGAAGAAGUCACACAUGCAGUGAAAUCUCCUCUGUCCGGUAGUAUGUCUCCCCCGGACUCAAAGGUGUCGAAAUCGGCAGAGCAUAGUCCUGAACAUAUUUUGCAUACAUCACCAGUAAAACCUUCGGUGGAUGCUGUUGCGACCAUAGAGAAGACUUUUGGGCUCAAUGCUCCUGUGGUUUCUCCUUCCCGUUCUCCAUCUACACCUUCAUCACCGCCUCAAAGUGAGCCUUUUGCAAAAUCAAUACAAACUACUGAUAUCCAUAACCUCCAUCCUUCCCCUCCCCCUCCUCCUCCUCAUGCAACCCCUUCCCUUCCCAAAACAUCAUCUUCCAUUGUCAAAGAUUCAUUUAAAAGUCCGUCUCCUCUGCCUCCUCCUCCUCCUCCUCCUCCACCUCCAUCUUUAAUUAGACAGUCCUCAUUAUCUUCAGCUGAUGGCCCCUUGAGUAUGAACAAGGCUGCUGCUAUGCCUAUUCGACCUCCCCCACCUCCGCUGUCAACUGGACAGACAUCAUCAUCUUCAAUACCUCCUCCUCCUCCUCCUAUGUCUGGACUUCCUCCUUCUGCAAUGUCUCAUCCCCCUGCCCCACCUCCUCCUCCUGUUCCUUCGGUCACCACACCUAGUCCUCCUACAUCACUGGCUCCACCUCCACCUCCUCCCUCAGCUUCUGCAUCUGCAAAUGUUCCACCUGUACCCCCACCUCCACUUCCAAAUGGAUUGACAAGAUCUGGCUCUUUGUCAUCACAAGCUAAUGCUAAUGUGGCUCCAAUUCCUGGACCGCCUCCAGUUCCCGGACCGCCUGGGGUUCCUGGACCGCCUGCAGCCCCUGGGCCGCCUGGGAAAGGACGUGGCCUGUUGCGAGCAAAUUCCAAAGGUAUCUGUACUAAAAAGAGCAAUCUGAAACCUUACCAUUGGUUAAAGUUAACAAGGGUCAUGCAAGGAAGUUUAUGGGCUGAGACACAAAAACUUGAUGAAGCUUCAAGGACUCCAGAGUUUGACAUGUCAGAACUGGAGUCUCUUUUCUCUGCAACUGCUCCAAAUUCUGAUGCAAAUGAAGGAAAAUCAACUCUCCGUUCUGGACAGAAAGUGGAUAAAGUCCAACUGAUUGAACUCAGGCGUGCAUAUAACUGUGAGAUCAUGCUUUCAAAAGUCAAAAUACCUUUGGCUGAUCUAAUGAGCUCUGUGCUAGCAUUGGAUGAAUCAGCAUUAGAUAUUGAUCAGGUUGAAAACCUCAUCAAGUUCUGCCCAACCAAGGAAGAGAUGGAGCUGCUCAAGAACUAUACUGGAGAUAAGGAGCACUUAGGAAGGUGUGAACAGGUAAGUGGAUUUUACUUAUUUCUAACUACUCUNNNUAGAGUGGAAAACAAGCUAAGAGUUUUCUCUUUUAAGAUUCAAUUCAACUCUCAGGUUUCAGAACUCAAGAGAGACUUGAAUAUUGUGAACAGUGCAUCUGAAGAGAUCAGGAGUUCAGUCAAGUUGAAAAGAAUCAUGCAGACCAUUCUUUCUCUUGGCAAUGCUUUGAACCACGGAACUGCAAGAGGUUCUGCACUUGGAUUUCGAUUGGAUAGUCUCCUUAAACUCACUGAUACACGUGCCAGGAACAACAAGAUGACUCUUAUGCAUUAUCUUUGUAAGGUGAUUUCUAAAAAGCUUCCAGAGCUUUUAGAAUUCCCCCAAGACCUAGUGAAUUUGGAGGCUUCAACGAAGAUACAAUUGAAAUAUUUGGCAGAGGAAAUGCAAGCUAUUAGUAAAGGACUGGAGAAAGUAGUUCAGGAAUUGACAGCAUCAGAGAAUGAUGGGCCGGUGUCAGUAAACUUCUGCCAGAUACUAAAGGAAUUUCUUUCUAAUGGUGAAGCUGAAGUGAGGGCUUUGGCUCAACUUUAUGCUAAUGUGGGUAGAAAUGCAGAUGCAUUGGCUCUGUACUUCGGAGAAGAUCCAGCACGUGUCCCAUUUGAACAAGUUGUAUCUACUCUUCUCAACUUUGUGAGGAUGUUUGUCAAAGCGCAUGAAGAAAACUGUAAGCAGAUGGAAUCCGAUAAGAAGAAAGCGGAGAAGGAAGCAGAAAACGAGAAGGUGAAGAUAACUCAUAAGGAGUCAGAAAAUGUGAUGCAGCCGGCCAUCAAAAGUGCGGAUAUCAAUUGAACAGAUGCAUUUUUUUUAAGGCCUCAGAGCUUCUAAAUAGCCAUUACACAGCCUUAGAGCUUCAAUUUGGUUGGGUGGAUGGAUGAAGUAUACACUUCCAUAAGUUAUGAUAUGAUACUUGAAUUAUAUAAUGCAAGAAUUGUGAAGCUUGCAGAAAAAAGUCUCAAGCUUAGGAUAAUUUUAAGCAAAAAUCAGAUUUGUGGUGCUCAGCAUGAGGAACUAUUUUGGUGUAAAAGGUAUUUUGAUUUAGUUUUACCAUGUUAGUCUUGAAUUUUCUGUCUACUGAGCAGUAGCCAUGUAAAUGUGAUGCAGUUAAUAUAUAUAUUUUUCCCCUCAGAUAA